ACAGGUGAAGUGCGAUCCGGCCGAAACUUACGGCUGCAUGACACGCUGCUAUUCUGGUGUGAUGCAGCAGGAGAAUGCAGAUCGGAAACUUUGUGCGACAAUCCGCUGCAUUCGAGACUGCUCGAGGACGACAUCCCGCGAGUGAUCCGUGCUAAGAGACAGCAAGCAAACGGUGUUUUCUUCCAACCUAGUAGCUUCGGGCCCAGUAGCGUCCUUUGUUACUAG